AGCACACGAAGACGGCCGAACACGACUACUAGCCUGAACAUCUGAAGUCACACUUCGAAGCUCGUUUAUCCUUGCGGAUAAAGACUGGGGCCCAGUCUAUACCAAACUACUAGAACGGAGAGAAAGACCCUCUCUUGCCUCCCUGGGCAAGAUUUUCCACUUGAGUUAUUCUCAAGCGGUGCGUACGCUAAUAAACUAGACGAAUAAAAAAAACCUACUCUGUAUAAACCAUGCUGAUGAAGUGGUUGACGUAGUGAAUAUGAAUGUAUGUAUACAACGUGAGGAUUGCCAGAGUUCGGUGAAUGUACUGCUAACCUUCAGUGUUUGUUGUCAGAUGGGUUUAACGUGUGGAGGAACAGAGCUGGGGUUUUCUUUUUGUUCAAAAGGCUGAGGAGGGACUUCACUGAGGGCCAGAGGAGGACCACCACCGGCACCUGUUUUGUUUACCUAUUCUGAAUAAGUGGAGCUCAAUUUGGAGAAGGUGUUGAUCCUGACGAUCGAGCCAUAAAAGGGGGCUGCGUCGCCACCAACAGUGCCUUCAAGUGCUAUGACCGAUUGGUAGUUGGUGGGAGAGCACACUUUGAGCACAACCGUCUGACUCGACCAUGGAGAACGACAGGAAAACAUCUCCACCACCAAGCUACAUGGAGACACCACAUGAACUCCGUGGGGGAAAGGAGCACCCGGACACGGGGAUGCUUCUACCCCCGGACUCCGCUACUAAACCACCCAUCAGCAGCCUCCAUGAGGCGGGUAGCAGAUGGACCAAGCCUUACACCUCGUGUAGCCUCUUCACUGUACUCGCCCUGAUUGUCACCUUGUUUAUCGCUCUGGUGGGAGGGAUGUCCGUUCUGCGGAUGAGGGAACUUGAGAGGAGACUAGCCUGGCAGGAGCAAGAGAUAGAGAAUCUUGACGACAGAGUCAAGCAUCUGUCGAGGAUAGGAGAUAAUGGAGAUACUUAUCUGCCGGGAUUAGAGGCAAAGCCGUCUCGUCAUCUGCUCACGUUUGACGGAGGAGAGUGCGAUUGUCCACCAGGUCCCAAAGGAGAGAUAGGACCGCGUGGGGAACGAGGUAGAUCCGGACGAGAUGGCCGACCAGGAAAGGAUGGUGUGCCUGGCCCAUCAGGUCCGCCGGGGUUGAACGGACGGACGGGCUCGCAUGGACAGAAAGGGACGCGCGGUGACAUCGGCCUUCCUGGAGAACGAGGUUCACCGGGAAUCAGAGGUUUGAAAGGCGACCAGGGUGCGCCUGGAGUGGCGGGUCCACCCGGACCUAGAGGGCCCACAGGUAACGUGGAAGGUAUGGAUUCAGUAGAGAUCAAUCGUCAUGUAGUCUUCGCUCGAGCCAUUCACUUGCAGGGUAUCCCGGCCGAUCAGGUAUCAGGAAUUAGACGGCUUGGUUUUCAUGGACUCCUUCGUGAUUGGUCAAUCUCGACAAACUCAGGCGGCUUUGCGUUGGAAACAGACGGCAAUGUAACGGUGACCGAGAGGGGCCAAUAUUACAUAUACAGUAGUGUCCUCUUUUACGACGGCGGUGCCUUCUACGGGGCGCACACCAACAUCAACGGCAAAACAUUCCUCAAGUGUACGGGUGCGAGGGCCUCCUCAGCGGCCAAGUUUGGGCCGUGCCUUGCCAGCGGAGUCACGGUGCUACACGAGGGUGACAAGGUGGGAGUCGCUUCGGUGUAUCCCAUGAAAGAAGUGGAAAUGCGCCCAGAGUCAACUUACUUUGGAAUGAUCAAACUGAACUAAACUUUGGCCCUUAUUACAACACACAAGACCCCAAUUUCAUAAAGCUGUUAAAGGCACUACUUUAGACCUAAUUGUUUCAACAAAA